AUUAGAAGUAAGUUUGUAGGGCACUGAUUAAAGUUUUGGCAAUUGCAGUAGUAAAAUAAUGUUAAAUAAAACCCGUAAACCACUAUUGAAAGAAGUAAUACUCAGCAAGAAAUUGUCUUGGCUGUUAAGACAUGGCGCCGCAAAAGAGGGCAUAAACAUACAAGCCGAUGGGUUUAUAAAAGUAUCCGAUAUAUUACAACAUCCCAACUACAGAAGAGAUUUUAAUAUGAACAUCUUGAGGCAGAUUGUUGAUAAUGAUGCCAAACAACGCUACACAUUGAGAAAACAUCCGGUAGAAGGGCACUUUGAAAUACGGGCCAAUCAGGGGCAUUCGUUGCUAGAAGUCAAAGCAGAUGAAUGCCUGCAACCAAUUACUAAAGCCAGUGAAGUUCCUUUGGCUGUACAUGGAACUUAUUAUCGCCAUUGGCCUGGUAUUAAGGCAGAGGGUUUGAAGCGUUUUACUCGCAAUCAUAUACACUUUGCCACCAGCGAUGACGCCUCGGACAACAUAAGUGGUUUUCGCUCCAAUUGCCAAAUACUGAUUUACUUAGAUACAAAAAAGCUGCUAGAUGAAGGCUGUUUGAAACUCUUUCGAUCUGACAAUAGUGUCAUAUUGUGUUCUGGUCUACCGCACGAUGGUUCCAUACCCAGUAAAUAUUUUCUCAAAGUUGUGGAUCGCAAAACUGGUCAACUUUUGGAACUCUAAACCAUUUCCUCUGUAAACUGUAUUACUAGUCAUUUUUUCAUCCUAUUUGUUUUAUCAAUAAAGUUGUAUUUUUGUUUUUAAUCAACACUA